UCCUCAAUACAUUUCAAAACAAAAAAGAGAGAAUCAGAAACACAGAAAGGUAUUGGAGAAAUGAAGAAAGCAGGAGGGGCAGAGAAGAAAAGGGUGCGAAGGUCAUCGGGCGCUAUUCAAAACGGCGGCAGAGAUUCCAGCUCCGAUACCCCUCCUAGGAAACAAGCUACCCAGAAAGAUGUGUUCCAGUUGUUUGCUGAGAAGGUGAGAGACAAUAAGGAUUUGGUGUCUAGGUGGGCUGUUCUACAGGAGACACGCGUGGAAUAUUUCAGGGGAAAGGAUUUUGUAAGCUUUUUGAGAAAUCAUCCUGAGGUCAAAGAUAUUCUAGAAUCAGAUAGAAAUCUAGAAGCUGAAGAUAUUGCUGAUGCUUUACUGAGAAAGAAUCUUCUAGUACGCUGUGAUCGUGUGGUGAAAACUCUUCGUCCUGGGAAGAGAAAGUUGUCUACAUGGCCUGCACAUUUGGAGAUCUUUCCAGACCAAGUAUUUUCUGAGAACGACGCCUUCUUUGCAUGGACUUUUGUUAAACGGAGGCCUCUCUGGCAGACACUGCUCUCAUUUUUCUGGCCAGUGGUUACAUUGGCAAUUUGCUUGUUUCCUGUAUAUCCCCAUCGGUGCAAGCUACUAAUACUCUACUCAUGUCUCGGUGUCCUCCUACUUUUUCUUUCUCUACUAGUUUUGAGAGGUACAAUAUUUGGAGUGCUAUAUAUUGUUCUGGGAAAGCGAGUUUGGUUUUUCCCGAACAUUCUCGCCGAGGAAGCUACUUUGAGAGAACUAUUCCGUUUCUGGCCCAAGAAGGAUGAAGAGGAGCGACCAAAGUGGACAACAAGGGUUUUCUAUGCAGCAGUUGCAGUUCUGGUCAUAUUGCUGCUGAGGCACCAUGCUCCUGAUGAAGCUGCUAGAGCCAGGUACCAGAAACGUGUAUCAAACAUUAUCGACGAUGUUCUGGAGUGGUCUCCAAGAUUGGCGCUUUCUGGGAUGAUGGAGAAUAUGCAAACUGUGGUUAACUCGACGGAGCCAAGUAAUGCAACUGAGGAAGAGGUGACGCCGCCUGACGCCAUGGAUGCAGAAACUUUCACGGUGCAGUACGAUGCAGAAGUUAGUGAAAAUCUAGAGAACAGCGACGAAAACCUAGACAGUAGAGAAGAAAACCUAGACGAGUGAUGAACAGAAACAUGAUGACAUAUAAUGUAUGCGAUACCGGAAAGAAGACAUCGCCUUCUCUUUGGCCUUUACCUUUAAAUUUGAGUGUAAAACCAUGUAUCAGACAAUAAAGCAGGUAGUUACAUUUUUUUUGUGGGAUUUAUAAAGGUGUUUUGUAAGGUUUGGUAGUUGGUUCCUACAUGACUACUUGGAUCGUAAUUAUCGGCUGAUUAACUCGUGCAAUACACAUUUGCUGCCCAGUAUCAAAGAAAAAUAUAGGCUCUUCACGUUGUCAGAA